AUGGCAGACGCUCUACCCGACGACUCAAAAUUGACUAAGACAAGAGUAUUGGUGUUCUUUUCUCUUGCGACUCUCAGUUUGAUGUCAGCUUUGGAUGGAACGUCCAUUUCCGUAGCAUUGCCGAUCAUUUCACAUGAGCUCCAUGGAAGCGCGAUUGAGACAUUCUGGACCGGGACCUCAUUUCUACUAGCAUCGACGGUGUUCCAACCCAAUUUUGCCGCCUUUUCCAAUAUCUUCGGUCGUAAGGUACUUAUUAUGACCGCCCUGACAUUCUUCUUCGUCGGCGCUAUCAUUGCUUGUCUCGCGAAAGAUUUCACAUCUCUGAUUAUCGGUCGUUCAUUCCAAGGUGUUGGUGGUGGUGGAAUCAAUGCAAUGACUGAAAUUAUAAUCACCGACAUCAUUCCCCUACGUCUACGAGGACAAUACUUUGGCAUUCUCAGUGCUAUGUGGGCUGUUGGGUCAGUCACUGGACCAAUUCUUGGUGGAGGAUUUGCUCAAAGUGUCAACUGGCGAUGGAUCUUCUACAUCAACUUCCCUUUCAUCGGUAUCGGUGGUAUACUGGUUCUCCUUUUCCUCAAAUUGAUUCGAUUGCCUGGCUCGGUUCUAAAAAAACUUAGCGGGGUCGACUUUACGGGAACUGUCCUCUUUGUAGGGAGUAUAUCCUCCUUCCUAAUUCCAUUAACCUGGGGAGGAGUCCUCUACAGUUGGUCAUCCUGGCACACGCUAGUUCCACUGAUUGUUGGAAUUGUUGGCUUGAUAGCAUUUGCUGUCUAUGAAGCCAAGGGUACCGCAAACCCUAUCAUUCCAGUCACUGUUUUCCAAAACCGGAGCAUUAUUAUAUCUUAUGUCACAGACAUUCUACAUGGUAUGAUACUUUGGUGUAUUCUCUACUACUUGCCUCUGUACUAUGAGGCGGUCAAAGGAUACACUCCAAUUAUCUCCGGAGUUGCCCUCUUUCCUAUAACUUUCACGACCGCCCCAUCAUCCGUUGUGGUGGGGUUCUUGAUUACUCGCUUUGGCUCUUACAGGUGGGCAAUCUGGUUGGGGUGGGCGACAUCAACCCUUGGAUUAGGCAUAAUGUGCUUGAUGGAUAUCAAUACCUCAGUCCCAGCUUGGGUAUUCUUGAACCUUGUGGGUGGGUUGGGGCUGGGAAUACUAUUUCCAGCCUUGGCCUUUGCGGUGCAGGCCUCGGUGGAUAGCGAGCAUCUUGCAAUCGCCGUCGCCCUUUUCAGUUUUCUCAAGUCGCUAGGGCAAGCAAUAGGAGUGGCUAUUGGUGGAGUUGUAUUUCAGAAUCAGAUGCUGAAAAAUUUGCAACAAUACCCUGCGUUGGCACCAAGGGCGGUGGAGUACAGUCAGGAUGCCUCUGGACUUGUGCAGGUGAUCCGGGACAUGUCAGAUGGUCAGGAUAAGUCUGAUCUGAAAAAAGCAUACGCUGAUAGUUUGCGGAUUGUUUGGGCAAUAUGUUGUGGGUUGUGUGGCCUGGCUAUGUUGUUAAGCUUUGGGACAGAAAGCUACGAUGUGGAUCGGGCAUUAGACACCACGCAGGGUCUGAGGACAGAGAAGGCUGAUGAUUCGGAUGAGACAGAUCAACCAAAGGAGAUCGAAGAAAGGGGGAAAUCAACUCUUAUCUCGUAG